AUGGGUUGCCAAGACGAGCAACUGGCGAAGACAAUAUGCGAUCUCUACGAAAAGAUCUCGAAGCUCGAGAGUUUGAAACCAUCCGAAGAUGUCAACAUUCUCUUCAAGCAGCUCGUUUCCACAUGCAUCCCUCCAAACCCUAACAUCGACGUCACCAAGAUGUGUGACUCAGUCCAAGAGAUUCGACAAAAACUCAUCAAGAUCUGUGGUGAAGCUGAAGGUCACUUAGAACACCAUUUCUCUACGAUCUUGACCUCUUUUCAAGACAACCCACUUCACCACUUAAACCUCUUCCCUUACUACAACAACUAUAUAAAACUCGGGAAGCUAGAAUUCGAUCUCCUCACUGAAAACCUAAACGGCUUUGUCCCAAAGAACAUAGCUUUCAUUGGAUCUGGUCCUCUUCCUCUCACUUCCAUCGUUCUUGCUUCAUCCCAUCUCAAAGACACAACCUUUCACAACUUUGACAUCGACCCAUCAGCGAACUCACUCGCUUCUCUCCUGGUUUCCUCUGACCCAGACAUCUCUCAACGCAUGUUCUUCCACACCGUUGAUAUAAUGGACGUGACAGAGAGCUUGAAGAGCUUCGAUGUCGUGUUUCUAGCUGCUCUUGUUGGGAUGAACAAGGAGGAGAAAGUUAGAGUGAUCGAGCAUCUUCAGAAACACAUGGCUCCUGGUGCUGUCCUCAUGCUGAGGAGUGCUCAUGGCCCUAGAGCGUUUCUUUAUCCGAUCGUUGAGCCGUGUGAUCUUCAGGGGUUCGAGGUUUUGUCUAUCUAUCACCCUACAGACGAUGUUAUCAACUCCGUCGUCAUCUCCAAGAAGCUCCCUGUUGUUUCAACUGAGAAUGUUGGUGGAGUCUCGUGCCUUCUCAUGCCCUGCCACUGUUCCACGAUCCCCGCGAUAAUGAACAAGAAGAAGAACAUGAUGGUCGAUGAGUUCGGAGCCAGGGAAGAACAUUUUUCCUGA